GCCAGCGGCCCCAGGAAAGGCCCCUGACUCUCGGGAACCGUACACGGGCGCACGGCUCCCCGCGUCCCGCUGCUACCCGGGGCCGCGCGGUGUGGCGGGCGGGCGCCCAGCCCAGCCCAGCCCCCGGCGGAGGGCGAGGAGCAGACUCCGAUUCCCGCCGCGGGCGGAUUCCGGUCCGGAGUUUCCAUCCCACAUCCCCAGACGCGACCCCCGCGCGCAGCACGCAGGGGCCGAGGCGCAUGCGCCCUGCAGUUCUCUCGCGACGGCAGCCGGGGCGCGGGCUUUCCUAGUCCUUUUCAUCUCUUUUAAACCUCAAACAUGGACACCGAACCUGAGGUAAAGAAAGAGAAGAAGCAGCAUCAGCAUCCUUUCUACUGCAAUAUUUGCAAAAUCUCAUGUGCUUCUGCAUUAAACUUGCAGACUCAUUUCCUUGGAUUCAAACACAAGACGGUUGAAGAAGCUCUAAAAGCCCAUGGCAUUGUUAAAACUGUGGGUGGAAUAGGGGACCAAGCAAAAGCGCCUAUAAAACUUCCUGAUUAUGUUCAAACUGAGCCAGAGAAGUUUCAAGGACAAACCUUGGAAGAACAGCUUAAUACAUGUAAAGAUUCAGAACCUGCACUUGGACUUGAAUAUAUAAUUGAAUACCGAUCAAAAGAGAAUCUCCUUGUUCUCUACGAGUGUCAGCUGUGCCACUGUCAAACGGGAUUGAGUAACAUGUUCAUGCAUGUUUAUGGCUCUAAACAUAGACUGGCAUAUCUGACACAACAUUAUCCUGAGAUAGUGGAAUCUGAUGAAAUUAGAGGUCGAGGCUCAGAACUGAACAGAAGGCUUAAACAAGUUGCUGCAGUUAUUGAAAAGAAGGAGGGAAGAAAACAAAUAAAGGUUGUAACGGAUCCUCCUGUUAUGAAGAGAAAAUGGCAAGAAUAUGGCUACCAUUCAAAAGCUAAGGUUCAACGUGUGUAUGCUUCAACUAGCAAUGAAGGAAAGGCAGAAAGUGAUGGUGAUAAGGAUAAACUGGUCACAGAUUCUACUCAAAGUCUACCUUUUCAAGAUGGAAAGGAUACUCAAGAUGAACAGGAAAAAAGCGAAAAAGAACAACUGAAACCAGCUGAAAAGCUAGACGCUAACUAUGCUGAUGAAAGCAACAAAGCUAAUGAAAACAGCAAAGGCGAUAAGACUGAGUGUGAUGACAGCAAACAAUCAAAAGGUAAAGACAAGGAAAUCCAGGAUAAAGAGAAAGAUAAUGAUGACGAAAUAAAAUCUGAAGAAUUCACCAGCCAUGAAGAACUACUAGGAUAUUUGCAAAGCUUUGAGAUACUGAGUGAAGAUGAUGCAUCCUUUAUCUUAAAGGUUACACAAACCCUUACGAAUGCAUUGGUGGAAUAUCGGCAACAGGUUGCACCAACAAAUGAAUCUUUAGAUUCUGAACCAAAUCAAGAAAAAACAAUUGAACAUUCCACAGAACAAUCUGAUGCGACUUCGGUGGAUAUUAGUGACUCUAACACUGGGUUUUCAGCAAAUUAUGUGUCAGACAGGAGGCAGCAUCCUUCCCAACAACCUUAUAACAUCACAGUGGCAAAGUCUAAUAUUAGUGGAACAUUCAUGAAAAAGGAUUCACAAUCAGUGAACUUUUCAAAAAACAAUGCUACAAAUUGGAAACAUGGGACUUUUCAAUCCACAUUUAGAGGAUUAAGUAAUGAAGAGUCCUUAGAGUCUGCUUCUGCUGCUGAAGAGCUAUAUCCCUCCUCUUCUCAAGUUUUCUCGAAGUUUUCAUCUGCUACUGAGAGAGAUGCACCCCAAAACUCCUUAACUGACUCUUUGAGAACAUCAUAUGAAAACGAUGUCACUACUGAAUUUUUCAAUAGUGUAAGAAAUAUGGAUGCUGCUGAGGUUACGGCUACUCUACAGAAAAUAGCAGCCACAAAUCCAGCCUUCAGAGGUAUUGAUAUUCCAAAUGUGAUAAGGAUCUUGACUGAAAGUGGGACCCUUAGAGCACCAAACAGCAACAGUGUGCAGUGAUAUGGGAAAACAAGAAGUGAAAUUAAUAUUGGAAUGUGUAAACUGAAAAUUUGUCACUUGUAUGCAAUUAAUUUCAGUCUGUACAGUAUUACUUGUUAUAAUUCCAGAGUAAUAGUUUUGAUUUUGCAGAUUUGCGUGUUAUAUUUAUUUCUCCCAAUAGCUGGAAUUUCUGUAUUUGUGGAAACAGACUAUAAUGUUGAUUAAAAAAAAUAUUUUUCCUUUGUUAAA